AUGGGUCAGCGCCUGAGCGACAAUAAUGACUCAGACAAGGAAAUUGAUGUGGCAGAGCUGCAGGAAUGGUACAAAAAGUUUGUUGUGGAAUGUCCAAGUGGAACUCUCUUCAUGCACGAGUUCAAGAAAUUUUUUGGCGUUACUAAUAACAAGGAGGCUUCCGAUUACAUUGAAAACAUGUUUCGAGCCUUUGACAAGAAUGGCGACAACACAAUUGAUUUUCUGGAGUAUGUUGCAGCCUUGAAUUUAGUCCUGAGGGGCAAAUUGGAACAUAAGCUUAAAUGGACAUUCAAAAUGUAUGAUAAAGACGGAAGUGGAUGCAUUGACAAAACAGAGCUUCUUGAAAUUGUGGAGUCAAUUUAUCGAAUGAAGAAAGCUUGCCACGGAGAGCUGGAUGAAGAAUGCAAUCUGCUCACCCCAGACCAAGUGGUUGACCGGAUAUUUGAGUUGGUUGAUGAAAAUGGAGAUGGGGAGCUCUCGUUGGAUGAGUUUAUUGAUGGAGCCCGGAAGGACAAGUGGGUGAUGAAGAUGCUGCAAAUGGACGUCGACCCUGGGAACUGGAUCAACGAGCGGAGACGCAGUGCUGACUUCUGAGCUAGUUUGUCACAUAUCCUCAUGUGUGUUCAGUCAUUCUGUGAUUUUGUAUCUGUUGCAGAUUAUACGUAUAUAAAACAUCACUAGCCUCAGUAGUUAUGACUGUAUUUACAGCUGCCUAUGGUAUAUCUGUCUGUUGUUUAUUUUGGAACUGCUGCAGUAAUAAGCCACUUACUGUAUUUUCUUUUUGGUUUCAUCUCAGGUCUUUGUGGGCAUGUAUAGACUAAGAUUUGGUUCAGUUUUGCUGCACCUCCCAGGGCAUUUUCUACCUCUAGCCUAUAUAUUGCUAGUGCACUGAGUUUGAUGACCUCAUGUUGAUUCCCAUCAUAGCACAACCCAGCAUUAACCUUUCUUUCUAGCUUUUCUUUUUAACUGGUGGGUGGCAACCAACAUUAAGAUGCAUUACCACCGCCUGCAUAAAGAAUGAACCACUGACUCCUCUGACUGACAGUGCUCACAGUCUGAAGUUUGUGUAUUAGAUGGAACAUUUUAUUUAAUCCUGUGUCCCAGUCUCAACCUAGUUAUUAUGCUUCCCUUUCAAGUGUUUCCUCCUACUGAUCUUAUGGUUCUUACUUCCUUCUGAACUGUGUAAAGAUUACCCAGAUUUUCCCUCAUCCUAGUUAAACUGCUGAUAAUGAAACUCCGUUUGCCUCUGCUUUACUAUAUCAAUAUUUCCAUGUUUCCCCGUUUGAGUGCCUCCUUAGCUAGUGUAUCUGCCAUUUCAUUCCCUGUAAUUCCCCUAUGAGGAGGAACCCACAUGAAUGU